AUGACCUUCAAUGCCAAGAAUAGUGCAAAUGCAGCGUUUGCUAAAAUCGGCAAGUAUUCUUGGAGGAAGCAACACAGCUCAAAGGGCGUACCGGUCGCUCUCGAGCAAACACUACCACGGAAUCUACCUGUUUUCUUUGCGAUUCUUCUGAGAUGUAGCGCAACGCCGCAUUACCCGGAGCUUAAUCCUAAGCUCCAAAUUUACCAAGACGCAUCUAAGGGGUUCCCGCUCGCCCAGACCUGGUACAUGCUCUACAGAAACUAUGAGAAGGACCCAGCAUUUGGAACAUCCAAGUGUUUAAGGCAUAGUCACUUGAAGUCGGAGAAGGAUGGACAAUAUCAAACCUUGGCUCAGUACGGAGAAAACCAGUCGGCUAAGGCGCGGACAACGCUAGAGUCCACUGAAGGAUAUACAGCCAAAAAUCAGAUAAACAUUCAUCCCGAAGGCCAAAAUAUGACGCUUUCUUAUUACAUCUCUUUCGUGGAUGUGAAAAAAUGCGCUGUCAGCAGGAACAUCUACGUCAAUGAGGAUGCUUGCUCUGUCGUCGUUCCCGAGGACCAGCUUGGAAAAAGUACCACCUGCUGCGAUUUUAUUUACGACCUGCUCUGCGGUACUAAGAAAUUUCAAAUAUCAGACACCAGCUGCAAGAAUCAACACUGA